AUGGAUCCGACUGGCAUUCAUCGCGAUCAUGAAGUGGUUAACUUGCUCUCUGAUAGUGAGACGGAGGAUGAAGGCUUCACGAGACGCGAAUUAGAAGAUUUCGACGCACGAUCUGCAGCGGAGUUUGCUCACGACUACCCUGAAAUGGAUGACCCCAUCGCAGGUUUCCGCACUCAACUCCGGGAACACGACCACCAAUUCAUCGAUUUGACCGAAAUCCCAGACGUUAAUGUUCCGCCAUCUGACGCUGUUGUGGUAGAAGAACAAGAGCCACAGCCUGAGGGACGAGCUCCUGAAUGGGGAGAUGAAGCUACAGUCGUCACCGAAGCGGCCUGCUUGCAGAUGGUAUUGAGCGUGUUGCCAGAUAUCUCGGUCGAUUAUGUUCUCAAGUUGAUUCAAGAAAAGACGACAGACACCACGCGAACAACAGCACAGUGCGAGCACUUCCUGACCGAGCUAUUAGAGGGCGAUCCAUAUCCCAAAGAGUCGGAUGACGCGAACAACAAGAAAAGGAAGAGGGACGAUGAAGCUGAGAGUGAACUGAGCACCUACGAGAAAGCCGAGCGUGACCCCGAGAUCGGUGGUUAUGAACAUGACGCAACAGAGUUGCUAAAGGACGAGUUUCUCACUGUACCUGUACGGCAUAUUACGAGAGUUCUCAAGGAAGAAAAGACUCUUUACAAAGCCUACGGCGUUCUUGAACGACAAGUGCGCGAUUACGCGCACGUUGCUAAGACGUUUUCGUUAAUCAACAAGUCCCGUAACAAGCGCGGUGUUCAACUCCAGUUGAUUGAGCAAGGUAGCCAGAUACCCAAGGAGUUGCACGCGGCGAAGAAGAAGCGCGAAGUCGAAGCGGCCAAACGCCAGAAGGUCAAAGACGCUGAGUUGGCUGAAGAAGCCAACUUGAAACACGCGGAAAUGAACAAUGAGAUGGGCGAAUGUGUAUGCUGCUUUGACGACGUUCCUCUGAACCGCAUGAUUAGCUGCAACGGAGACAUUAUCCACUUCUAUUGCGUAAACUGUCCUCGUCAGCAGAUUGAAACGCAGAUGGGCCAGUCUCGCUGCAGACCCAAGUGUUUUGGAGUCGAUGAUUGCAACGGAACAUUUACGCGGCGACAAUUGCAACAAGUCUUGAGCGACACGACUUUCGAGCGACUAGAGCACAUGCAACAGAGAGAAGACUUGGAAGCGGCUGGUCUGGACUUUCUCUCCGAAUGCCCAUUCUGCGACUUCAGAAUGGAGUGCCUGCCAGUCGAGGUCGACAAGGAGUUUCGAUGCGAGAAUCCCAAGUGUGGCAAGACGAGCUGCCGUAUUUGUGAGAAGGAGUCGCAUAUCCCGCUCAGCUGCGAAGAAUCCAAGAAAGACGGCCAGAUAACCUUACGACACAUCGUCGAAGAAGCUAUGUCAGCAGCGCUGAUACGACAUUGCAACAAGUGUAAACAUCCGUUCAUCAAAGAACUUGGCUGCAACAAGAUGACAUGUACGCACUGUAGGAACGUGCAGUGCUACGUUUGCUCCAAAAACGUGACCGACUAUAACCACUUUGGCGAUGCUGUGGGAGGCAAAUGUCCGUUACACGAGAAUAUUGAAGACCGCCAUGAACAAGAGGUUAAGAGGGCAGCUGAUGAGGCCAUGGCCAAAGUUCGGGCUGAUAAUCCAGACCUUUCAGAUACGGAUCUGAUGGUGCAGGUAUCAGAUCGUGUCAAGCAAGCAGAGGAUGCGCGCAGAGGUCGAGCAACAGCAGAAGCACAAGCAUUUCCUUACCACAUGGUUGGAGAGCAGCUCAGACAUGCGCCUAUAGGGCCUCCCUUGCCCGCUAUACCGGCCUUUGGCCGCCCUCCACCAGUGAAUUUAGCCCCAGAUCGACCUCGGCCAUUAGACGCCCUUUGGAAUAUGCUUCCACCCAACCCGCUCCGGAAUCUCGUCAACGCGGUUGGACCAGACGAUGAACGAGCUCAACAGGCACAUCGUCUCGCUGCUGUUGGAGCUGUCGAUCGUUUCAACCUUGACCGAGUCCAACUUGGUCAUCACCACGAUCACCGCGACAUGUUUCGUCGACCUCAAGAGGCCAAUCACCAGGCCCCACAGGUCGACCGGGAAGCUGGAGUGAUUGCUGCCGGACUUCGGCUUCAAGAGGCCAACCGUGAUUAUCUUGAGUUUCGACAACAGCGGCGAGACAUGAGGCGACUGCAGAGGCUUGAAGCCGAUGGCGUUCAGGUGGAAGGGCUGCUGCAACGAGAUGCUGAGGCGUAUGUUGAAGCUCGUCGAACUGUGGUGGCUGAGAGGCGCCGGGAUCGUGCCCCAGCGGCAGUGCCAGCGCUCAGGGCCAGAAGACCGCAUGCCCCUUGA